AUGGUUCCUCCACCAGGUGUUUCUCAUAAUCCAGGUGAAGUUUGCAAGUUGAAGAAGGCUAUCUACGGGCUUAAGCAAGCCCCUCGUGCUUGGUUUGAGAAGUUUUCCAUUGUGAUUGAAUCCCUUGGUUUCACCUCCAGCCCCCAUGACUCUGCAUUGUUUGUCAAAUGCUCUCCUCAUAGUCGUAUUUUGCUCUCUCUUUAUGUUGAUGAUAUGAUUAUUACUGGGGAUGAUGUUGUUGGGAUUACGAAUUUGAAACUUCAAUUGGCUAAACAAUUUGAGAUGAAGGAUUUGGGUACUCUUCGUUACUUUCUGGGAAUUGAGGUUGACUAUUCCCCUCGAGGUUAUCUCCUCUCUCAAUCAAAGUACAUUUCCACCAUUCUUGCACAAGCUCGUCUCGCUGAUACUCGAACAGUUGACACUCCUCUUGAACUGAAUACUCGAUAUAACUCCUCUGAUGGUGUUCCUUUGGAAGAUCAUACUUUGUAUCGCACUCUUGUUGGCAGCUUGGUGUAUCUUACCAUUACUAGACCCGACAUUGCCUAUGCAGUGCAUGUUGUUAGUCAGUUUGUUUCCUCCCCUACUACAGUUCAUUGGGCAGCUGUUCUUCGCAUUCUUCGUUAUCUUCGAGACACUCAGUUUCAAAGCCUUUUAUUCCCUUCUUCUUCCUCAUUGGAGCUGCGUGCUUACUCUGAUGCUGAUUGGGCUGGUUCACCCUCUGAUAGGAAAUCUACCACUGGUUUUUGCAUUUUCCUCGGAGAUUCUCUUAUUUCUUGGAAAAGGAAGAAGCAAGUUGUUGUCUCUCGAUCUUCUACUGAAGCUGAAUAUCGUGCCAUGGCAUCCACUACUGCAGAAAUUGUUUGGUUGCGAUGGCUACUUGAAUCCAUGGGUGUUUCUCUCACUGCACCUACUCCUAUGUAUUGUGAUAAUAUGAGUGUCAUCCAGAUCACUCGCAACUCAGUCUUUCAUGAACGCACCAAGCACAUUGAGAUUGAUUGUCAUUUCACUAGACAUCAUUUUCAGUAG